AUGCCUUCUCCAUUCGGUGAUGCGCCCAAGGCGGCGUCCCUCUUGGACUUCCACCGCGUCAUGUCGCCUACUGCCGGAGUUCGCGUUUCUCCUCUUUGCUUGGGUGCCAUGAACUUUGGUGAUGCGUGGGAAGAGAUGAUGGGCAAGUGUGACAAGAAGACUGUGUUUGAGAUCCUAGAUUUCUUCCACCAGCAAGGUGGUAACUUCAUCGACACCGCAAACAACUACCAGAACGAGGAGUCCGAGACCUGGAUCGGCGAGUGGAUGAAGGAGCGAGGCGUACGACACGAGAUGGUCGUAGCCACCAAGUUCACCACUUGCUUCCCCGAUCCAAACAACUCUCCUCGCCAACGUAUCAACUAUGCCGGUAACAGCACAAAGUCCCUCCGCGUUUCGCUCGAGGCAUCCCUCAAGAAGCUUCAGACUGAUUACAUCGACCUGCUGUACGUGCACUGGUGGGACUUUACAACGUCUAUCCCAGAAUUGAUGCAAUCCCUCAACGCCGUCGUCAACUCCGGAAAGGUUCUGUACCUUGGAAUCAGUGACACACCUGCCUGGGUCGUCAGCAAGGCGAACGAAUACGCCCGUAACCACGGCCUGCGCGGCUUCAGCGUCUACCAAGGACGUUGGUCCGCAGCUGAACGUGAUUUCGAACGCGAGAUCAUUCCAAUGGCACGUGAAGAAGGCAUGGCGCUCUGCCCGUGGGGUGCUCUUGGUGGUGGUAACUUUACAUCCGAAGAGAAGCGCAAGAACAACGAGCAAGGCCGCAACUUUGGUCCCCCAUCUGAGAAGCAUGUCGCAAUCUCUAAGAAGCUGGAGGGUGUUGCCAACCAGAAGAAGACCCAAAUCACUAGCAUUGCGCUGGCAUACGUACGACACAAGUACCCCUUCGUGUACCCGAUCGUUGGCGGCCGCAAGAUCGAUCAUCUCAAGGGCAAUAUCGAGGCGCUUGAAAUCGAGCUAAGUGAGGAGGAGAUUGAUGACAUCGACUCUGCUGUUCCCUUCGAUGUUGGCUUCCCCAUGAGCUUCUUGUUCGAGUUUGGCGGCGGCCAGAAGUACAAGACCACCAUGACUAGCUCAGACGUUGGCCUCCUGAGGUAUGCUGGACCCAUGGACAGCGUACCAGUACAGCAAGGGCCUAAGCCGCAUUCGUUACAAGGACAUGGAGGCAACUAA